AUGUCUACCGAGCACCAACUCCGUGUGCACGUCUUCUCGAUUUUCUUCAUAGUUGCUCUCAUUUACCAAGAAAUUGAAGGUAUGAACAACACCGAAAUUGAUGUUUUUAUGUUAUUCAAGAACUGUUUUACACAAACAUGCUCGUAAAAUUUUGAUUUAGUGAUGAAGAACUGUAAGUUACAAGAAGGCUUUGAUUUCACGAAGGAUGAAGCAUUGUUCACAAGUAGUUACUUCUUUAUUAACACAAUAUCUUUAUGGGUAAAAAAUGUCGAAUAGUUGCACAGUGGUACUUAAUAGUUUGUUCUUGUUUGUACUACAGGACUCAGCUUCAAAGCAGGAAAAUUCAAUGUGACCACAACUUUGAGUCUGUUUGCCUGUAAGAAUGUUUCUUUUGAGGAGCCUUUUAACGGUGGACAAGAAAUUAAAAUCUUCAUCAGUUCUAAAAGCUACGCAACGAAAGGUUCUACUCGUGGAAAUGGUGCAGCAAUUUGGGUGGAAUCGGUGAAUAACAAGGCAUUUACUGUCUGUGUUUUGGAGUACGGAGAUGGCUCAAGUGGCGCUUCGCAAGUGAACUGGAUGGCGCUGCAAUCUGUACCUGCUGGCGCUCAACUAGGUACAGCUUCUUUAAACGCCUGGACUAGUGGAACAAAUUGUAAAAGGAUCGCUUUUGAAAAGGUUCGAUUUGUCCUGUUUUUUCAUUCUUUUUAAUUUCAUUUCGUUUGCCUCCUACGAAAAAAAACUCUCAGCAUUUUGCUUUACCCUCGUUAUUUCAUAUGUCUAUUCAUUCCGUGAACCGUGAACGACUAUUUUCAAUUGCCGUGAAUCGUGAACGGAAUAAUUAAUUUCUCAUGAUCCGUGAACAAAAAUGAUCCCGUGAUUCGUGAAAUAACUAAAUUUAUUUCUCGAGAUUCGUGACCACGGUCUAUAUAUAGUUAAUGUUUCUUAAAAUAUUCAACGUAAACUUUCAAGGAACGUGAUAUAUCAAGGACAAGUCUGUCAACAAAGAUGAACAAACAGCCACUCUCAUCCUAGGCUUGUGUAGACGUCACAUGAUCAAAUGACUCGCACGCAUAACUCCUUCAAAAGGUACGAGCGAAAAUCUAGGUAGAAUUGAUCGUUAAUUUAUUCUGUUAGGGCGUGAAAAACAAUUAUUUCUUGUGUAUGCCUAAUUCAAAAUUGUAGUUUAUCAAAACUAUAUGGGCGACAAAUAAAAUCAAACGCAUGGGUUUCACAGUUUUUUCACAUUGUUGUUGCUAUUGCAACCCGGAGGGUGUGAAAAGUUUGAUUGAUAGACUUUGAUAAGCUCAACAAAAUAAUAUUAAUAUUAUGGGGUAUGGCACCACUGGGAAGCCGUGACGUCAUUAUUGUAGCGGCCACAUUGCAUUCAAUCUUGGAUUUUAUUUUAAAUUCAUUUUUUGCAUAAUUUGUCUUAAUGGUACAAAAAUUGAGAAUUAAGUUUGAAGUAUGCUAUAAUUAAAUAUAUUUCUUUUUUUAACGAUGUUAUGUGUAUUUAUUUUACAAAGAAAGUAACGCGCAUUAUUCUUAGAAGUCGCUUAGCCUUAUGCUAUUUAUGACGUCUUAUCUUGGUAACAUAGCAACCUUCCAUCAUCAAAUUUUAGCGUAAGGUGGCUAAGGAAUAAAAUGAGCAGUUACUGGAAAGGAAAGGUUUAGGCUCAAAAUCCGCUUUUGAACAUAUAGGCCAAAACCUGUGCGCCUCAACCACAGUCAAUCACAAUAGUUAAUCUUAAGUUCUAAAUCUUAUAUCUCUUUCUUGUUCUUCAGUCACGGCAUUUGUUUUGACAGAAAACAUCAAAUUAAGAACAAGGAGGAGAUUAGAAUAACGAAAAAGAAAUUGAGGAGAAAAGAUGGGGCUUUAAAGACCAGACUAAAAGAGCAAACUGAAGCAGCUGAAGAAGAAAAUAUAUGAAAAUUUAGAUCCAGAAAAUGACACAACUUUUGAAAUACAAGUGGUUCAUUACCAUCAUCGCAAUUAAUCGAUAAAGUAACAGACUACUUAAAAGAUGAGAAAUAAAUCCAUAGGUGAAGAAGCUGAAAAAAACAAUAAUAAUAAAAAAGCAGAGAACGAUAGUUUAUGUCAGGUAGAUUUUUUCCGGUAGAUUCGUUUACAAACGAUACCGGAAGAAAAGAUCGAAGGAAGUAAUAUAAAGAAAACACACUGGAGCCAAUAAGGCCGAUUAGAAAAAUCUUUGAAAAUCAACGAGAUAUCAAAAAAUUAAAAGUAGUGAAUUCCAAAAUCUGUUUCAGAAGGAAUAUGGAGGAUUAAAUUGGUGAUAAAGGCAAAAAGUCUGGCGCAGACUACCUCGCUCGUUUUGAUGUCAAAAAGACGUACUCUUUUUUAUUCAUUAAAUUAGAGUUCACAUUUUGAUUUUUAUUGAAUUUUUUUAUUGAUUUAAGAUAAUGUCUGUUUUUUUUAAAAGCACUCUGCAUGAUCAAAUCGUUUUUGUCUUUGUUUUUAUUUGAUUUUUCCUUUUUUUCUUGUUUAAUGUAUUUGACCCUUUCACUACUUUGUGGUACCCAAAGAAAUAUUGUUACAAAAACAUUCAAACUUUCCUAAUAAAUAAAGUUUGCUUAUAAGGGGUCGACUGACAGAGAAGUUCCAAAUAUUUGAAUAGUAACACUAUAAGCCUUCGCCUACAUAUUAUGUUAGUUAGAGAAUAAAAUUAUCUCCGUCGCCAUAAUGUGGUCACGAGUGAGGUGCAACUUCUUCCCCAGGAUGAGGUUGAGUGAGGUGGUCACUGAUUUUCUUAAAUAGCUAUUUUAUUCAACACUCCACUGUAUCAUCCCUGGAUCAGCAACAGAGCUGCUUUCUAAGGCAGACAUAUUACCUUGCAUUAUCUUUGUUAGCUGAAAAUACAUAUAAUAUUUCUCUACUCUUUCACUUCUUUAGCUUUUCUUGGCUCUUCCAAAUAUCAUGGUUACAGCUCGUCACCAGAUUCUUGAAAGAGCUCAAGACGCUUUGGCCGUGUGGGUAGAAGACUUGCGCAAGGACAGCUUUAAACUUUGUGCCAGAGAAGCUAAGAUUUUUGAUGGCAUUCAUAAAAACAUCAAAGUGGUGAGCAGUAUUCCUGUUCCUUGAUUUCUUCGCUACUUCUUGUUUUGUUAUUAGUGGUGUCUUUAACGUAAUAGAACAAGUUUUGUUCUGUAAUGUUGGCAAUUUUGAGUUUAGCAAGAGAUCACAUAUGACGUCAAAGUGUGGUUAAAAACAAAGACGUGGCACACCUGCCGCAGGCGAGUGUGUCACGCAGAUAUUUUUACCACAUUUUCCGUCUUUUGUGAUCUAUACAUGGAAUCCAUUUGUUUUAAACAACGAAGAGGGAAGAAAACGACAUACUCAUACACUGACACACGGUGGCAAUUGUUGUGAAGAUUUCUUGUAGUUUAGGAAUUCUCAACAAGUUGUCAAGUUCUCUUUUUGUCUCCGAUUCUCCAUUUUCCUCCUUUGUAAAUAGCUCCUGCUAAAAUCUUUUGGAGGAUUACACCUGCUGAAUUCGAAAUAAUCUCACCAACAUUUUCAUAACCGCGUGCCAUGUUGAAGAAAACGGCAAAGAAAACAAGAUUCCCUUAACGUCAUCCUUGUGUCUGUACUCUAAUAGAUCAUGGGCAACGACCAAUCACGUCACGCGAAGCAUUUACAUCAUUGUAUAACUUCACAUCUUUCCCUCUUUUCGGCAGGAUUGGAUGGCUUUUAUCAAAUUGAAGACUGACAAUUUCACCUUGACUAACAGUCUCGUGUUUACAAACAACAACUCACCAUCAAACAAACAAGACAACAACGCUGUCUGUCAGGUAUAUUGUCAUGUUUAAUGGUUUCCAGCAUUGACCACCCUUGCUUUCCUCUUUCCUCUCCUUGUUUUUGUCAUUCAAAUUAUGGAUUAACUUAUAUCUUUGAAUAAUUGUAUCCUUUCAACAGAAAGUCUCAUUUUCCACUUGUAAAGUUGGUAGGAGGACUGAAUCAGAAAAUGGUUGUUAACAUUUUAUACUUUUUCUUGGAAAGAAGCUAUUUAUUUCAAAUGAGAUUUAAGAUCAUUUGCUUCGUACUGUUUUCAGAAAGUUAAGUUCCAGGAUGUCUUUUAUGCCCCUCCAGUUGUAGUGGUGUCUCCAAGACUUGGUUACAAUAACAACAAAUCACGUUUCUCAGGAUCCGAACCAUGCAAAGCAGUUACUGCCUGGGUUGAGGUUAGAAAAAUAUAGUCCCCCUACUCUUCCUGUGGUUCUAAUGAGGAGAAUUUGUUUAAAAGUCAAUAAAUUAUUCCUUUGAUCGUUGCCAUUUUACUCACGUUAAAAACUUAGAUGGGGGUUAAUAUUACUAAUUUAACUAGUUUCUCAUUUUCAUAUGAAUAUGGCAAAUAGCGUUCCUUACAAAAAGUUUCUGCAGACUUGUCAGAUGAAAACAGACUUUUUCAUAGUUUUUUUACUUGUUUGGUUCUUUCAAAAGGAAGGACUUAGAAGUUUUAGUCUCAUAGGUUUUUAACAAUUGUUAUAUGGGAAUUGUUACUCUACUUGCGCUAAACCUAAUCUUUUACCAUCAAUAAAUCGACUAGUCAGUUGAAUUUGAAAAAUGUAUUGUUCAGUAUUACUUUUAGUGCAACAAAAUGUUAUAUUGUGUUAUCUUAUGUUUUUCGCUGUUUUGGAAUAUGCUUAGCAUACAUCUACAAACGAAACAGAAGUGUGUGUGAGAAGCUACAACAAUGAUGCCAACGAUAAGGAUAUCAUAAAGGUCGAUUACAUUGUAGUUGGAGGUACGUAAUAUAUUAUGCAACGUAAAAUGAGGAAACAGCAAUGAAUUUUAACUGUAGACAAUCACGGUGCUCUCUAAUAGUGAUUAACUGUACAAUACUAAAAUGCAUACGUUUCGAUCAAAUUUUAGUCUAAAUUAAAGUUCUUUUCCUUUGUUGCAAAUCAUUCAGAUUAUACAUUACCAGGCCCCAAAACAAAAUAAAGUGAAAUUAAAAGCUAGGUUAAAAUUCAGCAAUAUACGACAUAUAUGGAACUGAGCGCUCAUGUGCUUUAUGCUGUGUUCACUUUAUACCGGAUAGCCUUUCAUGGCGCCACGAGAAGCUGUCCGGUGUAGUGAAUCCUACAUGUAUCCAACAUGUGACUCUACACUUUUCGUCCGGUGGCUUAGUGCAAAAUUUUAGCGAGAUCUAUACAGAGCGGACAAAAGCACCAAACUUUGCAUGGUUGUAGCUUAGGGCAUGUCAGUCAAUAUUAGGAUCGGUGCCCACAGCUACCUCUUCAGGAUUUACAGCAACUGCUCGCUGAAGUUCUUCAACAACCUUCCAUGAUGGGUGCCCUGUAAUGGCGCCACGAGAAGCUAUCUGGUACAGUGUGAACACCUACAUGUAUCCGACAUGUGUCUCUCCACUUUAGAGAUCGGCGAGGCACAUCCUCUCUUUGUCACAGAAAUCACUCCGCCACAACCGCUUUUGAAUGUGAAUAGAAGCCCUAUGCGAUAAGAUUUUCGUCGCGGCGCACAUGUUAUCCGGUAUACUGUGAACAUAGCCUUAACCGUUACCCAGUUCCCUGAUAACUCAAUAUUCCAGGCUGUUUUAUCUAUUGACAAAUUCGAAAUGAAUGAAUCUGAAAUGAUGCACUCUGAUUCCAACACUUGUAUGUUUGUCUUUUAGACUUGGAUCCUUGUAUAGAUGUAACAUGUCAUUAUCACAGCCUGUGUAAGGCUUUUGGACCUAAUGAUACACGCUGUGUGUGUUUGGACAGCUGUCCGACUUACAAAGAACCCGUAUGUUCAUCCAAUGGCACUACGUACGACAACAAAUGUCUGUUUGAACAGGAAGUUUGUCUCAAUCGACUAAACUUUACCGUACAACAUCCUGGCAGCUGUGAAGGUCAGCAGUUUAUUGCCUUUUUAUUGGUCAGAGGCACCUUUUCACUGAAUUCUGUUAGUCUUUGGAGUAAUAGCAAAAUUUUCUUUUACUUCAUUUCUGUUUACUUUUCCAAUAUUUUUGGGGUAAAGUUGUUGCGUCAACAAGGGAUUUAACUUUAUUACUGUAAGCCAAAUAACUAAUCUUUACAACUCGUUUUUAGGAUUUCCUUUUCAGCAUGGUCGCCUUUACAUGGCCCAAAUUCCAUCUCUGGGUUAUUCUCAUUGUCAAGUAAUUCGUUUCAAGCCUUUUGUAUUUUACCCUGACAAACCCAUUGAACUGCAGAUCACUGUAAAUCAUAUUGAUACCAGUGACAAAUCCUAUGUCCAUGACGCGGCAGUAUCGUGGAUUGAAGAUGUGAAUAACGACGGAUUCACUGCCUGUGUGAUAGCAGCUGGAUAUAACGAAAGGAAGUCUUAUGCUAACGUGACAGUUGAUUGGAUGGCGUAUCAAGGUGCUCCAGUGGGUGGCGUGACUGGUGAACUGCGCAUGUCACAGUGGUGGACAGGGACGAUUUGCGCAACUGUGAGAUUUCCCACCGUAAGAUGCCUUGUUUGUUUAUCUUAAUGCUUUGUUUUCCUAAGCGUCUAAAUACACAUCAUAAAAUCAUUCAGUUUGACUUUAAAACGAAACUUUCAGGGUGCUCUGUUGUUGGGAAUACACGCUUUGAAAAGACAACAAUAUCAACAUAAAGUGACCGUUCUAUUUUCUCUCAAUAACCACUGAAAUCUAGUUAUGUGGUUUCGAAGGAGUGAAACAAAACGUUCAAACUGCCACUUUUAAUCCAUCCUCGGAGACCCAGGGGCAGAUAGUGGGGGCGAGGGAAAGUCUAAACGGGCGGAAAAAUAAGGCACGAAGAAAAGUAAAGAACGGCGAGAAGAGCCCCUGGGGACAAUGUCUUACCAGACCAGUUCCAAACGGUCGCCGCCGUUCUGGCUUCUAAUUGGCGCCAGAAAAACACAAGUUUUCUGGCACCAAUCAGAAGACAGAACGGCGGCGACCGUUUGGAACUGGUCUGGUAAGACAUUGUCCCCAGGGGCUCUUCUCGCCGUUCUUUACUUUUCUUCGGGAUGUUACUAAAACGGGGAACGGGGAGCGGGGAGCGGGGAGCGGGGAACGGGGAACGGACGUCUGGGAACGAGUUGUCAGCGGAAACCUCCAUAAAAAUCCAAAAUGGCCGGUAAGGAUCAAGGACCCGGUAAGAUCGAUGAUAGAGAAGCGUCGAAACAACACUUAAGGUCGCUAUUUUACUAAUGAACUAUAUGCUCAUGAGGUGCUUGAAAUAAUACGGAGGUAAUAAUGUCAUGACAUUUUGCACCUUUUUGCGUUUUACUAAACAACAAAAUAUGCUUCAACAGCAGUUGAAAGAAGCUACAGUCGGGACAAAAACUCUCAAAGCACAGCCAUAUUUGGAACUCAAGCGAAUCUAUACUGGGUCUAACUCACAAAGCAAUGAAAUACUUUUGCUUGACGCUUUUAGUAGGGUUUUGGCUUAAAUACAUGCUGAAAGAUAACGUAGAUCGAAGCAGCCAGGUGUAUUUCCUCGACAGUAAUUGUGUAGCAGUGGAGCUCCUUCCUAGCAGUAGCGUUUUUUCAAGCCCAAAUUAAAACAUGUUGGCGAUGAGAUAAAACUGUAAGUCUAAUAAUAUUAUAUUUACAAACCUAUGAUGAGAAGUAAGUGCAAUUGUAUUAUUUGAAAAGAUAAGAUGGAUCAGGUUAUUUAAUACAUCAAUAAAAGGCAACUUUAAACAUAUUAACGGGCAAUGUGCCAGGAACAUCAAUCAUACCUUGGUCUUAAAGAUGUCAGUUGUUUCAAAGCAAAUGGCUAUGCUGUGGUUUUAUUUUAUUAUAACCUAGGUGUAAAUUUUGCUUCCCUUUGUUUGGGGGUAGGGUAAUAUGAAUUUUAUGAUUAUGAGUUCAAAACAAAGAGAAUAAAAUUCAAACUUAGGAUAAAAGUGAACCACAACUGAACUGGAAUAUUAAGUGUUGCAAGUAUACGUGGGGGAAGUACUUUAAAGUCUUUGGUUGGAAGGUACUUUGUAAAGGCUAGCUGUUAAAAUAUGCGUGGUAAGUAUACUUCCUCUGUUUAGCCCUCUGGAUGCUUUGUUUUUUUUCUAGGGGGACUCCUUUAAUGUUUUUGCAGAGUGGAGCUCUGCUUCUCUUUAAUGAACAUUAUUUUUACUGUGGAGAAAAAUAUUUCAAGCUCAGUGUAAAACUGAAUGUAUCAGUGAUUUAAACCAGUUAAUAUUGUCAAGCUGCUUUAUUAGCUUGAUUCAGUAAUAUUGCAGUGCACCUACCAUCAAGCAUCACAUCAUCAAUGUUGCAGAGGUUGGCAGCUUACUAGAAGGUGGUUGAUAAGCCUUCAAGCAAGCUGUCUGUAGUUUUGGAAAUAAAGAGUCUAAGGUCUCACACAAGUGAUGGGAGGCAAAAGAUUGGAGUGCCGAUAUGUUUUUCAGUAAACACGCGCAACUGUAUGUGUAUAGUGGCCACAUUACGCUUACUCAAUGCAUGUUAAAUAACACAAUAGAUCUUGCUACCCAUUUUCCCUGAUUUUAUUUCCCCUCCAGGGGACAUAAUUUCUUUUAACAUAUCGGGGUUUUCAAAAAAGGGGCAAGAAGCUUUUAAAUGAAUUUUAAUUCAUUUAAUUUAAGCACAGUAUCAAAGAAAUUAAAGAGAAGAAUCAGACUAGAGUAACAGUAACCCAGAGGGGAGGGUGGGUACUCACCAAAGAGGCUCUGCCCCAGGGACCAACCCUUUACCCUUCGUAUGUACCAUUUUAGACAAAAAAGGUACCCCUUUUGUAUACCCUCUAGUGACAAAUGGUACCCCUUUCACAUACCUAAUUUUGAAUGCUGCAUCCCUUUUUAACUGCUGUAAAUACACCAUCUUUACAAUAUGAAUAAUUAGCUAAAACAGGUUUUCUUGUCUCUCACAUCCAUAAAAUGCAUCUGUGACUGAUCUCAUUUUGGUCCCUUUCAUAUACUUCAACUAUAAAAACCCCUUCCCUUUCAUGUACUUGAAGCCUGAAUAAGGCUUCAGGCUCUGUUUAGGCCAUUAUAGUAUCCCCUCCUCCUGCACCGAGAACAGUACCUUGAUACAGCGAUAUUGUAUGGUAUGAAUUGCACCAAACGUUUCGUGCCCAUGAAGAGGUACUUUGAUUAUUUUACGACAUUUUUCUUCAAAAUGGAGAGGUUUGGGAUCUCAUUCUUAGGGGGGCGGGGGGUUAAUUGAGGAUCUGCAGUGAGUGAGAAUGUUGCAUUCAAUGCAAUCCAAUGGUUUUGAUUCAGGAAAGGGUCGUCAGGGGUAUUUCGCAGAAAGACAAAUGGCCACUGUACGACUUUGAAGCAGUUACUGAUUAGGGUGAGGAAAAUGAGUGAAUUAGGUUUCAUUAGGGUCAUUAUACUGGUCUAUACUGGGCAAACUGACCUGAAACAAAUUGUUUCACAAUAAUAAUAAACUGAUAUUAUUUUAUUUUCAUGGAUCAGUGAAACACUCCAAUAUCGUGAAUGCUUGCAGUGUAGUAGAUCUAAUAAUAUUAAAAGCAGAACCAGAUUGUUAAAGUAGUCUCACUAAUUAUGUGAUGACCUGGUCAAUAACAUUUUUCAAAGCAGUCAUCUCUAUCAAAGGAAAUACAAGAAAACUGCACACAAGCUACUUGACUACUUCGAUGUAUGUUAUCUAUCAUGGAAAAGUAGUUCAUUACUCAUUGGGCUAGACUCAGUAUAGAUUCGCUUGAGUUCCAAAUAUGGCUGUACAUGUAGUUGUCCCGAUUGGCUUCUUUCAACUGCUGUUGGAGCAUAUUUUUUUUUUCCUACGGAUAAUUGUUUAGUAAAACGCAAAGAGGUGAAAAACGUCAUGAAGUUAUUACCUCCGUAAUUAUUUCAAGCACCUCAUGAGCAUAUAGUUCAAGUAAAAUAACGCCGUUAUCGGUUAAGUUGUGUUUCGACGGUUCUCUAUCAUCGAUCAUCGGCCAUAUUGGAUUUUUAUGGAGGUUUCCGCUGACAACUCGUUCCCAGACUUCCGUUCCCCGUUCCCCGCUCCCCGCUCCCCGUUCCCCGUUUUAGUAACAUCCUUUUCUUCGUGCCUUAUUUUUCCGCCCGUUUAGACUUUCCCUCGCCCCCCUAUCUGCCCCUGGGUCUCCGAGGAUGCUUUUAAUCACUUUCCUGAAUCUACGAAAAUCGCUGUUCUUGCUUCGAAUCGAUAAUAAAAUAAAUAAAUACAUGAAUAAAUAAGUAGAGGUCAUAAUAAGUGUAAAUGAAGAGUAUGCCAAGCAUUUUAUCAGAAUGACGACUAUUCCAUGCUAUUUCGCAGGGGAAAUUUUCUGCCAAACCUUCAGUCUUUGUGACGUCAAAGCAUUACAACCCAGGACUAAAGCGUAACGCUGCUAGUGUAUGGAUUGAAGAUUUGACGAAAUCAUCAUGUAAAGUUUGUAUGAGAGAACUGCAGAAUUAUGCUGGAUCACACCGAGAUAUUUUUGUUGUAAGUAUAUAUAGUGUAUCGUUAUUUUAAGUGUCAAACAUAGAUCAUACAUUGGGCUGCCAAAAUGCCAAAGCUUUGACUCUGGCUCUGGCUUAGGCAAAAGGUAAUACUACAAAUGCUUUGAAAAGAACAGCCCAUCGUUUUCAUACUGGUUGAGCAACUCUGCAAUUAUUAUGUAUGUUCCAGUACAAAAUAAUCCACAAUAUUUUACCGUAUCGCAGAAAAUUAUUCAAACUCCCCGCUUUGCGUUCAUUGUAACUCUUUAGACACACUUCCCCAUAUGCUAGUGAAUUGUACCGAAAUUAACAGUUUCUGAGCAAAAAUAAUCUCGUGGUGGAAUCAUCAAAGCGGAGACUGUUACCUUGUAGAUGAAUUAAGCAUACUUUAUGGUUACUAUCCAGAAGACAAAAGAACUCUAAUUUUCAAUUAUUUUAUUUUCCUGGGAAGGAGACACAUUUUUACUCAGAAAUUCGAACAGAAGACCCCUAACAUCGACCUGUUUUUUGAUUUUUUUAAAGGAAAGCUAAUUGUACAUAGAUGUAUAUUCCAAUCCAAAGGGUUAAUUAACAAGUUUCUCUCUCUAUGGAAACCUCUCCUGUGCUUACGAUAAGUUUUAACUAUAUAUUAAUCACCAUGGCUCUUUUGUGUAAAGUAGUGUAAUGUAUUUAAUUAUUUAUUCAAUGCUUUGUUUUUUAAUACUUUUUAAUGUUUGCAAUAAAGUGUUGAAGCAUUAAAAAUAACAAUAAUAAAAAAACUCUGCAAAUUCGUCUUAGAAUUAGUUAUCAAAAAGCACAAAUUACAUUUCAACAUUCUUUACCUUCACACCUCAUGGCCGUUGUUUUUUUUAUUAUUUAUUUAUGUAUGCAUGCCGGUCGAUUAACCAGAAAUAACGCGUUUUUGAUUUUACUUUCAGAAUUGGCUGGCCUUUUCAGAUCUUCCCAACCCUCCCUUUUCAGAACAUAAUGCGAUCUACUUUGCAAAUGAUAAACCUCCCAACAGCAGACAUUAUAAUGCAUUUUGCAAGGUCAGUAUCAGCGUUUGAGUUUGAAUCCAAAUGUCAGUGAAAAACCUUUUUUUACCAUCUGAUGGUAGUUAUCAAAUUUUACUUUCAGACCAUUGUGUUUAACCUGUAAUAUCAUUGGUGACGAAUUACUCCUUAAUUUUGGCGCGAAAUUUCAGCAUUAAUUUGUAAUUUCACAUGUGAAAUUACUAAAUUGCCAUGGCAACCUGAAGUACGUCUCCGUUUCAAGAUGGCGAAGAAGUUUUAAAAUGUCAUGAAUGAAGAUGACAGGGCAUAAAAAGACGCUUUAGAAAACCUGAACACACGAAAGAGCACUUCAAGAAGGAUUCUUAGAGGUACGUUGUCGAAAAAUUCUGAAAACUUAAGCCAAAUUUCAGCUCUAAACGUUUGAGAGAGUGGAGUUCACGAUCGAUCGAUACGAUCCAGGAUAAACAAGUAAAAAAUCCUCGAUUGCUAAGGUAAUUCGUCACCCAUGAUAUUAAUAGGUAAUCAAAUGGUAUACUCGUGAAAUUAGGGAAUAAUUUCACUCGUCACCAUUUGAUUACACAUACUAAUAGCUGCCUCAGCAAUGUACAUAAUACGGACAAUUCCACAGGUCACACAUUCGCUACUUCUAUACCUCAGUCACCUCUAUGAUGGAGUCUGUCCAUUUGGUGUCUGUAUGCAUUGAAUAGUUUUAAGAAUUAAAUGUAAGUAUUCUGUCAAAAGAGAAUGAUAGAGCAAAAGCAUAAAACCCAUUUGAAUGGCAAUUUCACGUCAUCAAAGGUUUAAAGUCUAGUUGCAGCCUAUGUUUCAAAAAGCUUCUUGUGCCGAGUUCAGUGAAUGAUCUUCGAAAUAACGUUGACCUCAAAAUCUCUUUCGUCUUACUGUAUUUGUCUGACAGAUUUUAGCUUCUCAGUUUGGAAGUGUACUUUUUAUAGUGCCAGCCCAGUUUAUUAUGAACAUCGAUAUGGCAUGCUUUUCCCAAAAUUUUAAAUGCAAAUGUAAGAAUUAGUUAAUUCACUAUUAUGUCAAAAUCGUCAGGAAAACCAAAAACCUCCUUUUUCCAAGGUGUAGAGCAAAGCCUUAGUAAUCAAAGUCAACAUUCUCAAAUUUCAGUUUAUUUCCUUCUUACCCGUCUAUAGUCAAGGGCACUUUAAGGUAGUAUCUGUAAACAGUAAAAUAAAAUUGAGCUAUCCAGACUGUUACCAGAGGAUUCUAUAAUGCAAUAAAAAAAUCUGUUGGAUUUGGAAGUAGACUAUACCUUGGUAACAAUUCCCCUUCAAGUUGAAAUAUUUUCUUUAUCUUUUUUAGGAGGCAAUCUUUGCCAAAAGUUAUAACACAACGCCACACGUCUUCGUUUCUGCUUUGCAUUCAACAAAAGGAGGGAAUCAAAGUCCAGUUCAUAACAGCAUAGCCGCCUGGGUAGAGGUUGGUAACUGGUGAUUUCAGGAUAUCAAAUAGGCCAAUUGGACUAAGAGGUCAUGUGAAAUCAUUUUUAUGGAAAUGAAAGUUAUAAUUUUGCCUUCAAAAAACCAUUAGUGGGUAAUAUCUUAACCAAAAUAAUAGUGAUUUAGUUUUUCAAACCCGCACCAUUUUCUUAAAAUGAGUAAGUUCGUAGCUGGUCAGGUGACCAAAAUGUUAUUUUUGAACUAUGAAUUACCUCUUUCUGAACAGAAAUUUUGCUCCUAAACUUGCUGAAAAGAUGAUGUGGUAACGUUAACAGCACAUCUGAGCGUAACUAUCAAACGUUUAACAAGAUACAAGAAAAAAGUAGUUUUGGCCGCCAGGUUGGAGGGCAAGAGUAUGACCUCCAACAUUGCAGCCACUACCAUAUAUACUACUUUGUUGAAAAAUCAUUAAACUUGCUGAAAAGAUGAUGUGGUAACGUUAACAGCACAUCUGAGCGUAACUAUCAAACGUUUAACAAGAUACAAGAAAAAAGUAGUUUUGGCCGCCAGGUUGGAGGGCAAGAGUAUGACCUCCAACAUUGCAGCCACUACCAUAUAUACUACUUUGUUGAAAAAUCAAAGUGCAAUAAAAUAUCUCCCUUAAAUGCGUUUCCUCUCAAAUGUCGGGUGUACGAUAAUUUUUAUGCGCUCUGUCAAUUUUUUGUCGUCAGCAGGAUUCCAAGUCAUUGUUUAAAGGAAGCAUUGGUCACGCGAACUCUUAGUGCAAGUGGCCUAAUUUCGUAUUAAAUUAUGAGUAGUAUAGUAGGGACCGAAUUAACCUUUAUUGGCGGACGAAUCUCAUUACUCUGCCGAGGAUAUCUAUAGACACCGAUGACGUUAUGCCUUUUUGUCUUUAUUAGUUGACUGGUAACAUGUAAAUAACAGUAAUAAUAAUAACUAUUAUAAUCAUAAUCAUAAUCAUAAUCAUAACAUAUUCAACCGGGGUAAACCUGUCAGCGAAAGCUGUUAUAAAUAGAGAGAACAAUACCAAUUUCUUCACCGAUGCAUACAGACAACUACAACAAAUAAAGAUAAAAAUAACUAGUUAGAGCUGGAUACUGGUGCUUGGGCACCAGUGAAAAAAUGCCUUUCUUAGCAGAUUCUGUGCGUACUGUAGGAAUUGAAUUAUCUAAAGAUAGAUAGAAUCUCAUUAAGAUAGGUGGUGUGCCAUUUUAAGGUGGUUUAAUCGGUUUUAGACUGGGGCUUUCUAGAUGUUAUUAGGGAAACAAAUGCGUUUCUUUUUGAUUGGUUGACUAAAAACUAAGUAAAGUAUUCAUUUGUUGAUACAUGCUGUCAAAGUAAUAAGCGCUAGUCCCCCUUUGUCAUGAAAUCACUAAGCAAGUAUCCAGUUCUAUUUCCUGCUGCUUUCAUUGCCCAAUAUUUUUUUCCAGUUCAGGUUCUCUGAUUCUUGGCGAGCAAAUCGUGCAUAUUGAUGAGUUCAGAGACCAACUAGCUCUUUCUAAUAAUAAAGCAAAUUUUCAAUUUACCCUAGUUCCCCUCUUCUUCUCCACAAUUCAGUUUUUUCGCUUCACCUUCCUUUUUUUCAUUUUUUACACCACGAAAACCACCACCACAGCCUCCACAACCACAUUUUUAUUGUUUUCCCGAGUCCUCCUCCACCACCACCACCUUUUUGUUGUUUUCCCGAGUCCUCCACCAGCACCACUGCCACCACCAAUUUUCUAUUGUUUUCCCUCCCUCACCUCCCCAUUUCUAUUGUUUUCCCUACUCCACCACCACAAUGCACAUCUUAGUACUAAUGUUUAGUACUUUUACAUGUACAGUAUAUUAGCAGGAAAGGCUUUCGGGUUUGUGUCAAAGAACUGUAUGAGGCAAAAUACGACCCACUCUUCAUAUCCUACAUAGUUUUGUCAGGUAAGAGCGCAAAAAAAAGAUUUUUUACGGUAUAUCUUUCUUUAUCGUCUCUUAUUUGUGACUCAAUGCCGUGAUUUAUACGCACAGACAUCUGUCCAGAUGGAUGGGAUUACUUCAAUGGAUACUGCUAUUUAACGAGCUCUGUAUGUGCACCUUGGGUGACUGCAGUGUCCAACUGUUCAGCUAUGAACUCACAUCUGGUAACAGUGCACAACCAAGAGGAAAAUGUCUACAUACAGCACCGUCACAAUGGAGAGCGAUCAUGGAUUGGCCUUAAUGACCGAAGCGUCGAGGGAUCGUUUGUCUGGACAAACGAGGAAAUAUCCAGUUUUCAGUUCUGGGCUCCGCAACAACCAAACAACUUGAAAAACGAAGACUGUGUCCACACCCUUGGUGCGAAAGAUGGCUACUCUUGGAACGACGUGUCAUGUGAUAACUGCCAUAACUAUACUUGUGUUAAAGGCAAGUUUUGA